AUGUCUUCCAUUUACAAGACGGCAGCAGCAGUUUGCCUUGCACUGUGUGGGCUCCAAGCCGAGGCGAGCACAACUACAAAAUACAAAUUUAAAGUUGUGGAUGUAGACGAAGAUGCCUACUUGUCUGCCAACUUGGCCCGCAAUGGAAAGCUCCCAGUUCACAUCAGUGAAGUUACAAAGGAAGACACCCUUAUCACUACCUUGAAGGAAGAAGUAGCCGGCGAAGGAGCGACCACUGUGGAUAAUUGCACCUCAUUGAUAACUGCCAAAUUGAAGGAGCACUUCCAUUACUCUUUCGACUACGAUGCCGCGUCCGAGGCCAGUCCAGACUACCGCCAAUUACUGCAGAAAGCUCUUGAAGCGGGAUUGAAAGUCUUCAAUGAGGAGUAUUUCAACGGACUUAUAGAACGAACCACUGAAUUAAAAGAUAUGACAGAAGACGACCUGAAGAAUUCGGUUGGAAAUGGUUCUCUAGCAACGGCCUCUACGAUUGUAAUUGCCGGUUUGGUUGCUAUGCUGACAGCCGUCUCUGUCUAG